UAUUUGAAAUAUGGCACCAUUUGUGUUCGCACUAUUCUAUGGUAAUUUUAAUACAUGAGUUAUAGAUAAUAUGACAAGCUUAGAAGGACGUCACACAUCGAAGCAAGCUUGAAGGAUAGCAACACAAGCAUAGGAAAAGUCAAACAGUUUAUUAAACUGAUUUCACUUAUCGUGCUAUCUUAUAUACACAAUAACCACAGCAAACUCAAACAUAACUUUGGUUUUAUCGGGCACGUGAAAUACUUGUAAAUUAUAAUUGCAUAGCCGAAUAGUCAAAAUGCUUAAAACUUUAUGUCAUUUGAAGAUUAAAAUAUAUAAUUCAAAUUGAUUCAAUGUCCAAGACCCCAUUGUGAGCGCGGUAAUAAAGUGCAUUGGGUAAUAACUGCAUUCCUCUUUUAUUGUGUUCCAUUGUACAUCUGUAAAUGAAUUACCACCUAAAUUUCGCGUUCAGUGCAAACGUUGGCAUAUGAUAUGGCAUUAACAAAGCGGAUAAAAUGUUUUAAAUAUUUAGUUUACAGCUACGUUGUGCUCUUAAUGGUAACUGGUGCUGCCCAAAUACUAGUUGGCACAAUUUUGUUAUGGGGUCAUUCUGGUUAUUACGGCAUUGUCCAAAAUAAAUUAUGGGCUCCAGCCGCGAUACUGUUAUGCCUAGGACCAAUUACAUUUCUUCUGUGCUGGAUGGGAUGCCAAGCUACAAAUCAAAGAAAACGAUGUCUACUAGGAACGUUCAUAGCAGCACUGGUGGCAUGCAUAUGCUUUCAAUUCUUUAUAUGUGGCUGGUCCUUGGCAAUGCGCGAAAGCCUUCCGACUUCUGUAGAGAUUUUUAUAGAUGAUUCGUUCGUUGAAUUUCUGGAUAAAUUUUCUAGGACGAAGGUUGAUAAUUUGCAUUUAUGGAAUCGAAUGCAAUCGCAGCUGCAAUGUUGUGGAGUGGACGGCCCCUUGGAUUAUCGUCGGCUAUCCCUACCAUGGUCUUGUUGCUCGAGACCAGAACAUGCUUACGAAUCCGCAUGUGACACUCACUACAAGCGAGGUUGUUUAUCCGUUGUAUCUGAGCAAAUUAGAUAUCGUUUAUUACUUACUUCAUUGGGUGCGGCAACCAUAGCUGUUGUACAGAGCUUGGGUCUAUUCUGCGCCGUUCAUUUAGCGAUCCUUUUUGGAAAGAGCGAGAAUAAUCACAAUAUAAACAAUUUGAGCAAAAAACGUCAACAACAAUUUCUUCCUUUGUCUAUUCAAGAUAAACGCCAUGAUAUGCCCUCCCCUCUUAGCCUUUCACCUUCAGCACCUGGCCAUCGGAUUAUCAAAUCUUCAAAGCCACCAACUAUGUCGAAAUGACAGACAAUUAGUUUUUAAAGUGAAAAAUAAUAUAAUUCUUUACACAUUGUAAAUUGAGAUGGAAUGUAGAUAAUUGUGACCCUCAAGA